CGACCAGUCGAGUUGCCAUCGUCGCUGACCUGUCCGCGCUCGCACGGCAAUCGAAACACAAUCAGUGGAUUGUAACCGCAAUCGGGAUUAUUGUGAUUUUCAAUUGACGCAUAUUGAACGGGUAAUUAGUUGCAAGUGUAAAGAUCCCCGUACCAUAAUUUAAAAAAAAAAAAAAAAAAAAAAUCAACAUUCAACUGUGAAGAAGCGUGCGGUUUGGAUUUCUUCUUUGGUCAUUGCCAAAUAUGGUCGUGUUGUCUGUCGUUCUUCUUUCUCGUGCCGUGCGUGUCCUCCAUUUCGACCUGCUGAAAAACUGUUGAUUCGUUCGUUCGUCCACCACGCCUCGUUUGUGUUUUGAAAUUUGAAUUGAUCGUCAAAGAAAAAGAAAGAUCAAAGCAAAAUGAAGGAGCAAACGGAGAUGACGGUGACGUCAUUUGCUCUCCUUUUUUUGGCACUGUCCUCCGUGUUGGCUUUCAACGUGGACAUCCCCAGUGCGCUAACUCAUCGCGGACCAGCCGGAUCCUAUUUCGGAUUCAGUGUUGACUUGCACAAGGAUCGAGGAGUCAACUGGUUGUUGGUUGGAGCUCCAACUGCACAGACGGAACAGCCGGGCGUCUCACGUGGUGGAUCCGUUUUCCGUUGCAGUACUGAAAUUCCAGACCAAUGUCAACCCAUUCCGUUUGACGUUACAGGCAACAAUAAUGGAUCGGGUCAACAAAUUGAUCAAAAAUCAGAUCAGUGGUUUGGUGCAACUGUUCGAAGUUCGGGACCUAAUGGUCCAGUUUUGGCGUGCGCCCCUCGUUACGUCUGGUUUUCAAACAGCUACAAGCGUCGCGAACCAGUCGGUACCUGCUUCGUCGCCCGUGAAUCGUUCCGCGAAUUCUCCGAAUAUUCGCCAUGCAGAACCUCUUCUUGGGGUUAUCAUCGUCAAGGGUCGUGUCAAGCCGGUCUCGGAGCCACCAUUUCACCGGACGGCCUUCGUGUGUUCAUCGGCGCCGUCGGCAGCUGGUACUGGCAGGGUCAGCUGUACUCGAUCAAUACCACAAAUCCGGCCGUCAGAUCACCUGUCUUUCGUACAUUUGUCACAGGUCAACUGUUUUCUCAAGGCCUUUUUUCGCGACUGGACGUUCUAUCAACGACAGAGGGAUCAGCAGCGGAAGAUGACAGUUACCUUGGCUAUUCUUCAGCUGUUGGAGAUUUAGAUGACGAUGGUCGAACAGACGUCGCUGUCGGUAUGCCCCGCGGUGCUAAUUUAACUGGAAAGGUCGUCUUGUUGUCUUCGAAUUUGACCAAUAUCGCCAAUAUUACGGGCCAACAACUAGGCGCUUAUUUUGGCUAUUGCGUGGCCGUGACGGAUGUCAACAACGACGGACUUCAGGACGUCAUUGUCGGUGCUCCUCUGUACUCGAAUUAUGCCAACACUGAAGGCAAAUACGAAAUGGGACGAGUACACGUUUAUUAUCAGGCCACCCGAUUGCGACACUCGUUCCGGCGUAGCGACGUCCUCGACGGUGGUGAAGUGUCCAAAGCCAGAUUCGGAUUGGCCGUUUCCUCUUUGGGCGACAUCAAUUUGGAUGGAUUCAACGACAUUGCCGUCGGAGCGCCUUAUGACGGACCUGAGGAAAGAGGUGCAGUCUACAUUUAUCACGGAUCAAGUAAAGGCAUCCGUACGAAGGCCACUCAAGUGGUGUACGCUGAAGAAGUUUCGUCCGAACUGAGCACAUUCGGCUUCUCACUGGCCGGCGGGAUGGAUUUGGAUGGAAACGAAUAUCCCGAUAUCCUGGCCGGUGCAUACAAUUCUGAUCGCGUUAUUUUUCUACGUUCACGUCCAGUCGUCUACCUCAACACAGUCGAUAUCAGCUACGAUGUCGAGUCGAAGCAAAUUGAUUUAGAGAAUAAGAAUUGCUCGCUUUUGGAGGGAACUGCCGUCGCUUGCGUCCCGUUGACGCUUUGCUUUGAAUUUAGCGGCCGAGGAGUUAAUAAUCGAGAAGAAGUGAUGGUCCAGCUCAUUCUUGAUUCUAAAUCGCCCAAGAAUCCUCGCUUACAUUUCCUUUCAGAAGAGAACAAAUCAUCUUUGAAUGAGACCUAUCAGCUGGUUAAAGGCCAGAGGGCGUGUCGUACCUACAUGGUGUACGUCCGGCCCUUAAUCCGGGACAAACUGACUCCCAUCGAGUCUGAGGUUCGUUAUAGUCUGCGAGAAGUGUCUGCCGAUUCGAGGAGAACUGGAGGUCAACGAACGAGACGUUCGUUGCCGCCCGUCUUGGGUGCGGAAGCGCCGUCCAAAACGGACGUGAUCGUCAUUCAAAAGAAUUGCGGUCCCGACAAUAUUUGCAUACCAGACAUGCAAGUCACGUACAAGGGGAACAUGGACAAAUACAUUUUGGGCUCUGACAAGAAAUUGGAAAUCGAAGUGACUGUGUUGAACGCUGCCGAAGACGCUUUUGAAGCUGCCGUCUACCUGACGUUGCCAGAUGAGGUGAAAUUUGUUCGAGUUGAUCGAGUGGAGGAAGGUGCCCCUCCUGUUUUGUGCUCAUCGCCGUCGGAUGAAUCGGGCCAGCCUGUCUUGCGAUGUGAAAUUGGCAAUCCGCUGGCGGCAUUCCGCACGUCCGUCUUUACAAUUGUCCUUCAACCAAGCGCCCGAUUGGCUCGUGAAAACGCGGCUGCUGCCAUCGCUGUUGGCCAGAAAGCCAAAUCAUCCCUGGAAUUCAUCCUGGAGGUGAACAGCACCAAUCCGGAAGAUCCCAGUCAGCUGUUUGAUAAUCGAGCUGAAAUUUCGUUGCCUAUCCGAGUCGAAACGGACCUAUCCAUCAGAGGGAUUUCCGAUCCGGAAGUGGUUCGAUUUAAUUUAUCGGCCUUUGCGAGCUCUUCAGUUCAGGUAAAGAGUCACGAGAAUCAAGUCGGUCCGCAAGUGAUUCACAUUUACGAGCUGGGCAACCGAGGACCGUCGGACAUCCUUAAGGCGAACGUCUACAUCCUGUGGCCCACAAAAACGCUAUCGGGCAAAGAUUUGCUCUACCUGGUCGACAGGCCAUUUGUCGAUGGACCUGCCAGUUGUCAAUUGAUGGAACAGUUUAAUCCAUUGGCCCUUAAACUGGAAAGCGAGAGAUUGAGCAGUUCAUCCAGCGCGAGUGGCUCUGGUAGCCAAAGAAGCUCUUCGUCCAGUAGCAGCUCAUCUUCUUAUUCUUCUAGUAGUUCAUCUAGUAGUUCAUCUGGAUCUGGAAGUGGCAUUAGUAAAUCAAGCAAAACGACGUAUUCUUCCAGCAGCAGCGGCUCUGGUGCUGGCGCUAAUGUUAUUUCUUCAUCUUCGUCAUCAACGACAUCUGUUGACGGAAAACCGAAAACAAGUUCGACUUCUUCAUCGUGGAAUAGGACGUCAACUGUGACCCGUUAUGGUCCCGAUGGGUCUGUUGUAUCCACCAUUAGCACUCACAAUAGUGGCGCUGGUGCUCCUGUACAAGUUAUUCCUGGACAAAUUUUUGACGAAGAAGAGGAUUACGAUUACGAUGAAGAAUUGGAUCAAGAAUCUACUCAGGGAAGGAGGAGACGCCAAGUGCCGAUGAAUUGGCAACACAGCAACAUUAAGAAAAACCGCGUUCGCAACCGACGACAAAACCAACCCAAGGAAUUAGAAAGAGAAUUGAACUGCGGAGCGACUCAGUGUACCGUCAUUAAAUGCUCAGCUGGUCCCAUUACCAGCAACAACCACGUUGUGUUCAAAUUGCGCGCCAGAAUAUGGGCGCAAACCAUCUCCGAGAUUGACUGGGAAGAUUUAGUUAUUUCGUCGAAAAUGGUGGUGGAUAUCAACGAACUGCCGUACGGCAUCGAUCCCGAUUACCUUCCCCUGCGCUCAGCCACUGUGACUACUACCCUCGAUCAGCUGGAUCGGGAACGAGAGGCCAGAGCCAUCCCGUGGUGGAUUAUUGUACUGGCUGCAGUGGCCGGAGUUUUGCUCCUCCUGCUUCUCAUCUUUGUUCUUUGGAAGAUGGGCUUCUUUAAGCGGAGUCGACCGGAUAAAGAUGAAUGCGAGCAGGAGCCACUCAAAUCGGAGAACGGACAUUUACAGAGGGACGAAGCUCUUUAAAAGACAUCAAAAAUUGUGCUCGUCUACGGGAAAUUGUGAAAAACUCGAGUGCUAACUGAAUUGAUCAACACACAAUAGGACUGUACACAAUGUAUAGGACUAUGAAUAGAGCUCUGCUGCUAUUUUGAGACAAGAAAUCUCGACAGUAAGACGGGGAAAAAAUGACGUGUCCAUCUAAUUUCUAUUCUUUUGGUUAUCCAUUACCCAUUGUUUCACGAUUUGACUUGUUUGUUGGGAUGUGCAUUGUUAAGACGACCGUACAGCCUAUGUAUAUCUUUUACACUGUAGGGCUAAGUAAUUCGUCCAAACUUUCGUCUAAUCUUUGAAUUGUGUGGUGUGUGUUUAUAAUAGUUGUCAUGAAUCAUCGGCUAGCUUAUACCAAUUAAGAUUGUGUGGCGCGUACUUGCGUUAAUGGAUGCAAUUGCGGUCACUUGAUCGCAAUGAAUGAAAGCACAAGACGUGAGGAUUACUUAGCUUUUUAUUUUUAUUUUUUUGCAGUAAUGCUCAAACAGAUUAACGAACAAAAUUUAUUCAACUCCUUCACCGUCUUUCUCAAAACUUUUUAAAAAUUUGGGUCGCUAUUCGGGAGCUUUUCAUUUGGCAACUGAAGGCUAUCACUUGAUUGAAGUGAUAGACGUCGUUCGUUAACAAACCAAAAGAUGUCACCCUGUUCGAUGUUGCAAAAUAUCGUCCACGAUGAAUAAGUUUAAAGAUAUUUUCCAUUUGCUAUAAUCAUUGUUUAAUUAUUAAUCCUGUGACCCCUUCUGUUAACCAUCUCCAUCAUUGUAUUUUCACUCAUGAUUCGACUGCCUUCGCCUGCCAAAGCAAACGCGUUCACAUUUAUCAAAUUUUUUUUUGUUUUCGCUGCUGUUUGCUUCGGUUGUUGUGCUAUUCUUACAUUUGUUUUUAUCCAACUUGUUCUGCUGACUGGCUUUUGUUCAGUGUCGUCGUACCUCAUAUGGGUCGAUGUUUUCUCACUUAACGCAUCACCGACGAUAAAAAGCCUUUUCGCAAAAUGUCAUCACUUAAAAUCUGAAAGAUAACCAUCUAUGUAUGCCAACAGCCAAUCAAUUGUACAAAACAAGGCAAAACAUAAUUAUUUUUAACAUUGUUUAUGACUGUGACACCCAUCACAUUCUACUUAAACUAAUCUCAAUCGAAAAUUGACUUUGUUAGACUCUAAGCGACCCUAAUGAGGUGUGUUGGAUGAUUUGCUAAAGCCAUUUGGUAACAGAGGGACAAUGAUUGCAAUUUCUAUUGGAUUUUGAUUCCCUCAACUAAUGAGUAAUAUAUUGAAAUGACAAUCUAACGGCCUUACAAAGUGACACGGCGUUUCACGUUGGAGCCGUUUGGCUGUGUGUGCCUAAACUUUUAGAGACUUAAAAUAAUGAACUUUGUGUGUUACACUAUCAUGUUAAAAAGACGACUAAAAACGAUGGUCAUUUAUAUGUAAUAGCGCUCGCUGGACUGAUGAUCUGCUGCUGGCUGUACAUUGUUUAUUUCUUCUCAACCCCGCCAUCUCUUUUUUUUCAUGUGAACAUUGUCAUCACAGAGAACAAUAAAAACUAACUAGUCCUCGUGA